CCCAGAUCGUGGUCCUGCGGGAAUAGAAGGGAUCACACACCCCACCAACUCACCGGCAGAGGCGGGGAUUCCAACAGAGCAUAGCACAGAAAGCAGCUGAACCCAGAGAUUUUUAUUUUUCUUCCCAAGAUUGUUGGUGUUAGUUGAAGAAAACGCGUUAAUCGCAUAUCUGUGCACGUGUGCGUGUUUGUGUGCGUGUGUUUGCGUGUGUGCGUGUGCGUGCGAGAAAGAGCGUGUGUGUGUGUCUGUGUGUGCGUGUGAUUCCUCUCCUCAGCGCACAGACGCCCUGCACUCCAGUCUGCUGACACACCGAGAGGACAGUCCGCUCUGCACCUCCGAGUCACCGGACUAUAUGUGGAUACAAAGGCCGAUAAACGCAGAUCCAGGGGAAUAGUUCAGUGAGAACAGCAGCCCGAGACCUCUUUCAUGAAAACGGAUCAGAACUGAAAGACAUCGGCGAGCCAGAGAACAAGUCGUGGCCUUCGCUCGCCCACGUGACCAGCGAAUGAGCCUUGUUCAUGCGUCUCCCUGCGUGCCACUCCCACAUCGUCAUGAACUGUGAGCAGGACUUCGGAGACGGGGGCUUGGGAGUGACCCUCACACUACGACUGCUCAUGCACGGAAAGGAAGUAGGCAGCAUCAUAGGAAAGAAAGGGGAGACUGUGAAGCGAAUACGAGAGGAGAGCUGUGCUCGGGUUAACAUCUCAGAGGGUUCCUGUCCGGAGAGGAUCAUCACCAUCACCGGAUCCACGGAGAGCGUUUUCAGAGCUUUCACCAUGAUCACGUACAAACUGGAGGAGGACCUGAAUGCACUGGUGGCCAAUGGCACCAUAAGCUCCAAGCCACCAGUCACUCUUCGGUUGGUCAUCCCUGCCAGCCAGUGCGGCUCACUCAUUGGGAAGGGAGGCGCAAAAAUAAAGGAGAUCAGAGAGAGCACAGGAGCUCAGAUACAGGUGGCAGGGGAUUUGCUGCCCAACUCUACUGAGCGAGGGGUUACGAUAUCUGGGAAUCAGGACUCAGUAAUCCAGUGUGUCAAGCACAUCUGCACAGUAAUCCUGGAGUCUCCACCUAAAGGUGCCACCAUCCCCUAUCGACCGAGUCCCUCACCAGCUACUCUCCUUAUUGCAGGGAACCAGGUGUUUGACGCAUCAGAAUUCGCCCCCCACCCUCUUUAUUCAGUCACCCAGGGUGGCCUGGAUCUCCAACAGGCCUACACCUUGCAAAAUCAAUAUGGCAUUCCACAUUCAGAGCUGGCCAAGCUGCACCAACUGUCCAUGCAGCAAGGCCUGAGUCCCAUUGCCCAGCCUGCCUCGACAAUCAUGCCUGGUUUGGACUCAAACUCUCAAACAUCUCAGGAGCUUCUUAUUCCCAAUGAUCUGAUUGGCUCAAUCAUUGGCCGUCAAGGAACCAAGAUCAAUGAGAUCCGGCAGGUGUCAGGAGCUCAGAUUAAAAUUGGCAGCCAGCUGGAUGGAACGAGCGACCGCCAUGUCACCAUCACAGGAACACCAGUCAGCAUCAACCUGGCCCAGUACCUCAUUACCUCCUGUUUAGAGACAGCCAAAUCCACGGCCCAAGCAGCCACCAUGGCCUCUCCGGUUGACCUCAACAUGGCCUUCACCCAGCCCACCUCCCCCACCGCCUCUCCUGCACCCACUCUGGCCGCUGUCAGCACGCUGACCCCCACUCACAUGCUGGGCACCCCAUACGGCGCCGUGCCGCUCUCUGGCCUCCUGGGGAUGAAGUCCGUCCCCUUUCUGACUCUGUCUGGCCCCGCCCCCACUGUGGCCGCCACCGCGGCACCCUCUCACACCACCCUUGCCGCCUACACCGCCAAGAUCUCCUCAGCAAACUGCAUCAAAAAGCCAGAGAGACAGAAGUUUGCUCCUUACUGACAAGAGUCGGCUGAAAGACAGCUGCAGUGCUCCUCUACAGAAGAAACGCCUGAUGUAGCCAUAUCCACCUGAAGAGAUCCUCCGGAUUUUAACUCCACCAUGCAGCAAUGGAGAGCAAUGGAGGAUGCCAUUAAAGGUUUAUUUACAAUUAUAAUUUGUCAUUUUCCCGUGAAUUUAUGGACUGGUUUCAUCAUCGCCUCAUUAGUGUUAUUGAUCAUUUUGGGGGGGAAAAAAAAGAAAAACUCACCACAAGGACACGUGUUUAAAAUGUGUUUACAUGUGCACCUCAAGUAAAAAUAUCAGCAAAGUAUUUAUCCUUCAAUAAAUUUGUAAAUUGUAAUCAGAAUCAAAUCACUGUCUACUGUUUGAUGCUUUUAUACAAUGUCUGUUUGCCUCCAGAGGUUUUUAAAAUUAAUUGUAAAUGUCCCAGGGUGUCUUUUUUUUAAAUAUAAUUUCUGCUCUGGUACUGUACUUUACUUCAGUGUUAUGUCUGUUUUUGUUGGAUUUCACUUUGAACGUAAAACUUGGCUAAUCUUUAUUUAUUAGUAUUGUUUCAUUUAUUAAAAGUCUUUUUUUUCUGAUAUGUCAGGUGCAUCUGUUUCCAAAUUCAUUCAAGCAGGCGAUCCUAUUUCAGAAUAAAUGCAAUAGGUUAUAUUUUAGGAAAUAGAGGAUGCAAGAUCAGAUUUGAGGUUGCUGAGUUUGUUGGUUUUGUGGACAAACCCAUGAGAGGGGCUUUUCAUCAUGGGGCUCUCAUGCCCCUAACAAUGACUGCAGAAUAAACACCAAAACAGAAAAUAUCUCAGCCGCCAUGAUAUUAAUGUACGAAUGCGCAGAAUCCUCUUUUAUGUCCAACUCGCUCUUCGGGUCCCUUAGGACAAAAUAUAGUCAGAAUCCAAGGCAGAGGAGUUUUCAAGCAAAAAAAAAAUAAUAAUAAAAAAGCACAAUCCAAGAGAAAUGAGGGGAGGAGGGGAGUGAACCUUGCUGCUGUAAACAUGAAGUAUCUGCAUGUGCUGCAGCAACAUAAUCCUCAGGAGAAGGAACUGGCUGCCUUUUAUCCAAACUCUCCUUUCUUCUUUUUCUUCUUGUGCCUGCAUCAUAAAUGUCUGAAACACUGAGGUUACAAUCCUUGCUUGACCAAAAAACACACACACACACCUUGGAAGAUAAGUCAAACUGACAGUGUGUCAACAAUGUUGGACAGAAAGAACAGUAGGUGCAUCGUAAUUCAAAACGUCAGUGAAGAAAUUAAGUUUACGUUAAUAAAUGUUAAGGUUUUUCAGAAAACAGUUCCCUACAUACCGUAGCUAAUAAGGAGAUACACUAACUCAAACACUAAAAGGGAACUACUUCUACAAGAUUUUCCUUUCUGAAAUUAUGCGUUGUUUUGUUUCUUUUGUUGUGUUUCCUACUAUUUUUAGUUUUUUCAGUUGUUUAUUUGACCUACAUUACAUCAAUGAUCCAAAAAUUGAAACAGUGUGGCACAACUGCAAAUCUAGCAAGACAUGGCUGUCCACUUGAAACGACAGGUAAGGAGAGAAUUAAUCAGAGAAGCCGCAGAGGGGCUAUCCACAACUCAGGUGGAAGAAUUUGUUGACAUAGCAAAUGUCAGUCAAAUGCCAACUUUUGUUGGAGACAUACAAAAAUAAAGUCAUUGUUGAAAGAAUGAUCUUUUUGUCAGAAUCCAGGGGACACAAGCAAU